UGAGCAUGGAACUCAGCUGAGAGCCGGUAGGGUAAUGUACAGGAGGAUUCAGGUACAGACUGACCCGCCGCUGGCCGGAGACGAAGAAGGGACCAUCAUUUACGUCUACCUCAUGUGAUGAUGCACAGGCUGCAGGACGUUGUAUAUGUACAUGGGGAAAAAGUUGACGACGACGGAUCUCGGCCCAUUGGAAGAGCUGCCAAGCAACUUUCACGCCGCCGACGUGAAACGGGCCUUGCAUUUGUGCUUUGAUUGAUGCGACAUUGUAACCCCGGAUGGUAAUAAUUCUUGUGGAUUACGUUCGAGUAUUACGCUUGAGUAGGGCUAUAAAAUCACGACUGUUAUAGAUCGAGGAUAUUAAGUCCAGAACUGCAGAUAAAAAACUAGUUAUGUAUCUAUCACGUGUAGUCUUCGCUUUAGUUCUUUGGAGCGCUGCCAUCGCCGCCGACUGGGAUUUUAUCAAAAACUACGAAAUCGUUACUCCAAUACGUCUAUCAGCUGAUGGGACACCUUACAACGAACGUAAACAUUUCAGAAAAAGAAGUGUACAGGCGUGGAGUGAGUCUACGGCGUACAGAUUCAGUGCUUACGGUCAGGAUUUCAUCUAAAUCUCAGCUCUCACACGGACUUCAUAGCGCCCCAUUUCCAAGUAAUGCAUUUCAACGAGAGCGAGUCGUGGCUGGAAGAGGUCGAGGACGGGGGUCUGGGGUGUUUUUACCGCGGCCAAGUCAACGGGAAAGACAGCUCGAGAGUCGCCCUCAGUCUCUGCGAAGGCAUGACUGGCAGCAUUUUUCAUAACGGAGAACAUUAUUUCAUAGAGCCGCACAACCUCAGUCGCAGCGGUCGAGACGAGGGAAGGGCAGAGGCAGAGGAGUGGCAGAAAAAACAUAUCAUAUAUAAAUCCUCCUCCCCGCUUCUCGACAUUCUUCCAUCACAUCCCAAACAGGAUCAGCAUUUAGAGCAUUGUGCAACAGAAGACUUUAAUUUUAAGCAUGGGAAGAGGAAACACCAUCAUCAGCAUACUCACCAUCACAAAGAAGAUGAGCAAUUUAAUGAAGUAUUGCAAAAGAACUCUACUCACAAAUGGCGGCAGCGAUACAGAAAAUCACCACCAUUUCUAUCCCAUGAUUCCAAUCAUCAGCGUCGUAAGCGAUCAAUAUCCUAUGAUAGAUACGUAGAAGUUAUGGUGGCAGCUGAUUCCAAGAUGGCAGCCUACCAUGGAGAUAAUCUUCAACGUUAUAUCUUAACUUUAAUGUCUGUUGUUGCCAGUAUAUACAAGGAUGCCAGUAUAGGAAACUCAUUAAAUAUAGUCAUUGUCAAGUUGGUUGUUUUAGACAAAGGAAAGCACCCAGAGAUUACAGCAAAUGCAGCUACCACGCUGAAAAAUUUCUGCCACUGGCAGUACAAAGUCAAUGAAAAUGAUGAUUCUAACCCUAACCACCAUGAUACUGCUUUACUUAUAACAAGGGAAGACAUAUGUAGGUCAGCAAGAAAAUGUGAUACUUUAGGCCUUGCAGAGUUGGGCACCGUAUGUGAUCGCCACCGUAGUUGUUCAAUUACAGAAGACAAUGGACUCAGUGCAGCAUUCACCAUUGCACACGAACUGGGCCAUGUUUUCAGUUUACCUCAUGACAAUCAUCCCAAAUGUCGCCAGUUCCCUGGAGGAAAGGCGGGAAUCUUUAACGUCAUGGCGCCCACUUUAGACUACAACACGUACCCCUGGUCAUGGUCUGCGUGCAGCAAGACUCUUAUCACAAGUUUUUUAGAGUCAGGCCAUGGCAACUGCUUGCUGGACAAGCCAAGUAAGAAGGAAUACGUGGACAGGAUGGACAAACUUGAGAGACACCAUCCUGGAGAGCUGUACAAUGUCAAUGAACAGUGUCAGCUGGUGUAUGGGAGGGGAUCUAGAGUUUGCCCAUAUAUGCCUGUGUGUAAGCGCCUAUGGUGCACAGCACAGUAUGGUCUGGCAAAUGGCUGUAGAACACAACACAUGCCCUGGGCAGACGGGACUCCAUGUGAUACUAACAAGUGGUGCAUGCGUGGAGAGUGCGUCCGUAUGCAAUCAACCAAGAAGCAGCAGGGUGGCUGGAGUUCCUGGGGCGGGUACGGAGAGUGCUCUCGAAGCUGCGGAGGAGGGAUCAAAGUGGCUCAGAGAUACUGCAACAAUCCUCCACCUAAAAAUGGUGGAAAGUACUGUGUGGGCAGGAGAUCCAAGUAUAGGUCUUGCAAUGUUAGGGACUGCCCAGCUGGUUCCAUGGACUUCCGUGCAGAGCAGUGUGCAAAGUUCAAUGGCAAACACUUCAACAUAGACGGCCUGCCUCCAAGUGUGCGCUGGGUUCCAAAGUUAUAUACGGCAACUCCAUCUGAUCAAUGCAGGCUGUACUGUGAAGCAGAAGGUGAUGGCAACUUUCUACCUCUAGCGAACAAGGUGAUUGAUGGGACAAAGUGCGGUCCAGACACAACAGACAUUUGUGUCAACGGGUUCUGUAGGAGAGCUGGGUGUGAUAACGUCCUAGGGUCCAGCAAAAAAUAUGACCGCUGCGGUGUUUGUGGCGGCGACAACUCUUCGUGUGAAACAGAAACUCACAGGUUCCGAGGACCAGUUGUUUUUGGCUAUAAUAAAGUUGGCACCAUCCCCAGCGGAGCCUCAGAAAUAGAUAUACGUCAAUACAACCAUGUGAACAAACAUACUGAUGAUACGUAUUUAGCAUUACAAAAUAGCAAUGGAGAAUAUAUACUCAAUGGACAUUACCAAGUCACUGUAUAUCCCAAGUCAGUUGAAUUACGAGGAGCGACUCUCGAUUACUCAGGAUCAGACAAUCUGGUGGAAAGGAUCAACUGCUCUAAGUCAAUCAAAGAAGAUUUAAUAAUUAUGGUGUUAGCUGUUGGAGAGCUAGAGCAGCCCGACAUUCACUGGACAUAUGUAAAGUCCACUGGCAAACACAUCCACUAUAUUUGGUACACACAGGGACCAUACACCAAGUGUGACAGGUUAUGUCAAGGUUUCCAUUAUCGGCAAAUAAUAUGUGUAACUAAGGAUGACAAAAGGCGAGUGUCAGAUGAGAAGUGUGCAAAUAUUCAUCGGCCCAGGCAGAAAAUGGAGAAGUGCAACACAGACUGCUCAUUAGGCUGGCAUUCCUCUCAGUGGAAUGAGUGCUCAUCAAGAUGUGGAAAGGGCAUCAAGCAAAGACUGGUUCAGUGCGUCAAGAAAACAUCCAAUGAAAUCUCAUCAGUGGAAGAUACCCACUGCUUGAAGAUACGCGAUAAACCUGCCUCGGCUUCCUCAUGUCAAGGAGAAUGUCUUCCAGCUCACUGGGGGUACACAGACUGGACACAGUGCUCCGCCACAUGUGGAGGAGGUUUUCAGCAUCGCCAGGGCACCUGUUAUGAUUCCAAGGGAAAGGAGCUGGUGGACAAGGAGUGUGAGAAUGAGAAAAAACUUGUACGGAGAGGCUGUAACAACAUUCCCUGUCCUGACUGGUACGUCAUGGAGUGGAGUCUGUGUUCUGCUACCUGUGGCCGUGGCACGCAGUAUCGACAGGUGUACUGCCGGCAGCAUGCCAACCAAGUCAGCGAUAGAUUCUGCGACAAUCAGCCGAGACCAGAAUCUCGUCAGCAUUGCAGUCUUGAGCCAUGCCCAACAUGGCAGACAGGAACGUGGACUGCAUGUUCUGUUAGUUGCGGGCGUGGAACUCAGGUCCGUUCCAUCACCUGUCAGUCUCACACCAACACAGUGAUUAAGGACCAUCAUUGUUCUCGGUCAACAAAGCCAAGCAGCCAUCAAGACUGCUCCAUGCCACGGUGCACCACAACCACAACAACAACUACAACGACUACUACAACACCGCCUACAACAACUACUACAACUACAACCACUACUCCACAACCUAGAGUGUACCACUGGAGAACAGGGGGAUGGACCACUUGCUCAACAAGUUGUGAUGAAGGGAACAGGGAGCGCAUGGUUGUGUGUCAGGACCAACAUAACACCAGGGUCCAUGAUUCUUAUUGCUUUCACCUCACUAAACCUACAAAUAUUGAAAGAUGCCGUCUGUCUUACUGUGGACAUUGGAGGAUGGGAGACUGGAGUCAGUGUUCAGUAAGUUGUGGAAAAGGGGUGGCUACACGCUACAUAGCCUGUAUUUCGAGAACAAAAAAACAAGAGCAAGAAAUAAUGGAAGAUUCCAGCUGCGAUCCUGCCCUCAAGCCGCCAGCAACAGAAAUGUGUGAGAUAGAUUGCCCGGAAAGAACCGACAUUCACACUGAGAAUUCCAGAAUUAAGAUAACACCCAGAAGACAUGAUAUUCUGCAUGUCGAGCCAGAUCCCAAGAAAUACGACAUUGUGAAAAUUGAAAGUAAUAAAGUAGAACACACGCGGCAUUGGAGGGCUGGCCGCUGGAGUGAGUGUUCCAAGACCUGCGAGACAGGCUGGAGGAUCAGAAAAGUGGUCUGUAUGGAUGAGAAGGGACCCACUGAGGGGUGUCACAAGGACCAGAUGCCCCCCAGUAAAGAGCAGUGCAAUGCUGGAGGAUGUCCAGUUUGGAGUUUUGGCAACUGGGGCAUAUGCUCUGCAAGCUGCGGAGAAGGCACUCAGAACCGAAUGGUGCGCUGCCGAAUGCGUAAUGGCACUGUGCUGACAGACAGCCAUUGCAAAGGGACCACAAAACCUGCUGAUACCCAAAAAUGUUCCAUCAAACCUUGUCCCACAGCCCCAAGUGUGGUUAACAGCAGAGAACAGGGUCAAGGUGAAGGUCAGAAAGGUCAGGACAGGGGUCAAGGUCACAGAGGUCAAGAUAACAGAGGUCAUGUCCACAGAGAAGAAACCAGACGAGGUCACUGGAAAAACGGACCAUGGUCUAGGUGUUCCAAAUCUUGUGCCCAUGGCUCCAGAAGCAGAUCUGUCGUCUGCACGGACCAAGAUGGCAGCAGCCUCCCUGAUUCUGCCUGUGAGGACCCCAAACCAAGGACAGUAAGAGGAUGCAGAAUGUCAAGAUGUCCAAGGUGGCAUGCCACCGACUGGAGCAAUUGUGACACAGCCUGUGGUAGUGGCCAUCAGUAUCGCAGCGUCGUCUGCCGAGCAGGCUUAAAGGUGAUCAAUCCAGAGCUUUGUAAGGGGCUCCAGAAACCAGACGCCAGGAAGACCUGUCAAGCAACUCCCUGUGAAGAUUUUGAUUGGAAAGUAGGAAGAUGGUCUAGGUGUUCUCAUAGCUGCGGCAUUGGAAUCAAGAGAAGAGCCGUCAAGUGUGUUAACAUAAAGACUGGAGCAGACGGCCCAGAUCAGAAUUGUGCUAAAAAGAAAAAGAAGCCUAGAUCACAGCGAAGAUGUGCGGAAGCUUUUUGUCCAUAUGCCUGGCACACUGGUGACUGGACUGAGUGCUCAAGAUCGUGUGAUGAGGGCUUGCAGACGAGGACUGUGACCUGUCACGUUGUAACCCGCGAGGGGUGGAUCCUACCUGGUGCCGUGCAGUCGGGGUGCGAGGACAAAGAGAAACCGAGAAGUGUGCAGUCGUGCAACCUUGGGGCAUGCAGUGGACAUUACUUCUGGAAACCAGAGAAAUGGGGACCUUGUUCUGCAGAGUGUGGGCGUGGUAUAGCUAAGCGUAGGAUGCAGUGUGUGGACACCAGGGGGCGACGUACUGCCAAGAGGAGAUGUGAUAAAAAAUACAAACCAAAGAGAAAGAAAUCAUGUUAUGAGAAACCUUGCUAUGCAAAAACAUGCAAAGAAUUGAAGAAGCACACAUCAGUGAGGAAAGAUGAUGAAUAUACUCUACUAGUACAUGGGCAGCUAUUGAGGAUAUACUGCAAGGACAUGAAAAAAUCAAAUCCCAAAGAAUAUCUCACUCUUCCAAGUGGACCAACAGAAAACUUUGCUGAAAUAUAUGAUAAAAGACUGUUGCUCCCAGAUACAUGUCCGUACAAUGGUACCAGGUAUACGAGGUGCCACUGUUCUAGAGAUGCUUACAGUCGGUCUGGAUACACAGAGUUCAACAAAGUACGACUGGAUGUAGAGAGUUUUAAGAUAAUUGGUGAUGAUUUCAGCUUCAGUCACAAUAGUGGUGCUAACAGAAUACCUCUAGGAACUGCCGGGGAUUGCUAUAGUUCGGUGGAAUGUCCCCAGGGCCGUUUCCAUAUCAACCUGUCCGGCACAGGUCUCCGCAUUUCUCCUCAAGCCGCCUGGAGCAGCCGAGGGUACAAAACAGUUCAGAGGAUACAGAGACUACAGGAUGGCGUUAUGAUCCAUGGUCAGUGUGGAGGUUACUGUGGUCAGUGCUCUCCUUUGGACAGUGUCGGACUCAAGUUACAGCUUGUCCACUGACAUCUGUGAUGUUGGCUCUUAGACCAAAAAUAUACUUACAAAGAUCUCAUAACUCAAGCCAUCCCAGAUAAUCUCCAAAUGCAAAGAUACUCAGUAGCUACUGCACUGCCACCUAUAUAAUUUAAUAUUAUAAAAUGUGAUCAUGUGAUCAUCACAUGAUCAGUUGUCAUGACAAGCUGUUUCUAUAACAACAAGCAUCAAAGCACAGGAUUAUUUUUAAAAGUAGAAGAGGGGCAUUUUUCAUCACAUAAGCUGUGAUCAAACUAUUUGGAUUAAAUUUUCUUAGAUCUUGUGAUCUUCUUCUUUACUUGUUUAGAGUCCAUAAAGAAAUUUUUGGGAAAAAAAGGUCAGUAUAUUCUGAUAAGCAACAACCUAUGCUAGACAGGGUAUUUAAGGUAAAAUACGUAUUUUGUUGAAUUUUAUUUUAGAUAACAUUUCUGACCUAGUUUUAAUGUCAUAAACAAGAAUUUUAUCUGGUUCUGCAUCAAAAUGAAUGAAAAUACAUGUAAUAUAUGUAGACACCUAACAACAUAAACACUGCUUUAAAUUUAAUAUUGAAAACUUAUUUUGCUCCAGCAAAAGAAGCCAAUGAGAAAUAUAUUCAUGUUAUACAUGUAGAUUCAACUGUACUUAAGUUAGGAGGUUAAUACUACUUAAUACCGAUUUGUUUGAACUGAAGAUAAAAAUGUCUUCCCAAUAUAACUGAAGAUGCAAACUGACUCUUGUAAAGUUUAUUAUACACUUAACAUGUGAACAUUGUACUGGAUACAAAUCCUACAGCAUUAGGCUGCUACAUACCAUAGCCCUCAUUGUAAAUACAACAUUGUGGCCAUUUCUAAUGGCGCAGUCAUAACUGUUUGUAUAUUAGCUUUUAUUUAUUUUAUCAGGUUAUUCCUGAUUGUACAUUUUGUAUUUGUAUUUGUAAAAUUUUAUAUUACAUUUUUAUAGAAAAAUAUGAGAUACUAAACAAAAGAAAGCCAGCCAAAAACUGCCAUUGUCAGGGGGAUCAAGUUGUGUUGAAGUCAAUACACUCUUACUUGUACAUAAUUUAUCAACUUUAUUCUAUACUGUAAUGUUAUUGAGAUUUUUAUUGUGUAGUUGUUUAUGUAAAUCUACGUGUAUAGGCCGUGAUGAAGUGUGGGUAUUAUUUUUAUUAUAAUACCAAGUUUAACGUAGUUGUUAUAACCGAAGUUUUUGUCUUUACUGACUUGUGUAUAUGUCGGUCGAGCGUGAUGUUUCAUGUUGCAUGUUUAGAUGUAGCCAACCAGAUAAUAUUACUAAUAUAUGGCUUAUUGAAAUAUGUUAAUUUUUAGCUAACUACAGAAUUAUUGUAGAUUUUUCCAAGUUUUUAUGCAAAAAAUAACAAUUUGUUGUAUACAUUUUUUAUUAAUUUUUUAGUAUAGAUAUCAUGAGGUACAAUUAAGGUUUACCUUUGAUAAUGUUAAUGAGCGAGUAAAAAAUUAUAAAUGCAUGUAAACUGGAGAAAUAUGUAUAUUUUACAUGACAUUAUGUAUACACGAUUAAAUUUAAAUAGAUAAACAGCUUUUAGUCCUAUGGAAUCAAAAAUUUAGUUAAAAAAUAACAUAUGAAACAUUUUUUACCAUUUGGGAGCAAUAAUUGCCUCUUUUGGUGUAUAGUUUUUAAUUUUGACAAGGAUCUAUUUUAUGAUAAAAAGCAUGUUGCACAGUAUGGUCUGAAGUACUUACAUAAUUAGUACUUAUUAUUCUCUUGUUUUAUUACUGUUGACAAAGUUUGAUUUGAAUUGAGUAUGAUUUUACUAAUAAAGACUUGCAAAAACAUAGAGAAGUACCCAUUUCAUGCUCGCACUACAAACUGCAGAAACAUUUAGCAUUUGAACGUCCUUUCAUAUUGUAAUGAUCUUGAGCCUUACCAGUUUAGUAGAUUUAUGGAAAUACUUUUAAAAAAUUAUUUAGACAAUUAGAUCAUCGUUAUUUAGAAGGCAUUAGUAAGUGGAGGGGUCUAUGGAUUCAAUUUUUUCUGAAGAUUUUCUAGUAGUGGUUUUAAGGUCUUAUUUAAAAUGAGUACAUCCAGAGACCAAGUCAAAGUGUUGGGACCAAAGACUUUUGAUUUCACUUACCCUGAAUCCCAUUUCACAAAAAUGGCCCAAAUUUAGAGAUAAAAUUUCUAGUCUACUUUUAAGUCCUAAAUAGUGAAGUUGUAAAUUGUAAUAUUCCGUCUGUUUCAGAACAAGACUUGUAUUACUGUGGAUUUAUUCUGCAUUGUAGAAAAGUAAAAUCUGGUCUUUAACUUCAGACUAUUUUUAAAACUCAAGUUUUUUUUUUUUUGAAAAACCGGCCAAUGGCACAGUGUAUUCCAAACUCCAGUAAUUUUGAGGAAUUACUUCACAUUUUGAUAAGGAAACAUGAAAUUGCAGUCUAAGUAUUUCGUGUGCUAUAUGUUGCAUUGGGUGUGCUUGUAAGUUUUGUCAGGUUUUCUACAGCUAGAACUAAGUUCAAAUCCAGCCAAUUCUAACAAGAGACAUGUAAUGUACUUUUAUUUAAAGAACUGGCAUUUAUAGAUAAAGGACACUUUGGCAUGGAAUCAAUAUAGGCUAUUUUGUGGGAAAAAUGUGCCGAGAAUGUAUGCAUACAAGUAAAUGUAGUUUUGAUUAAUGACUGUAUGUCGUCUUUAACACAAAAUGUCAGAUUGUUAUAAAAUGUAAUAUUUAGUAGGUCAUUUCACUGGGCACUUUGUGCAAUUUAACACUGAAAUGCUCUUGAAUAAACUUUUUUUACGAAA